ACGGAUCAUAUCUAAAUCCUCGUGUCGACAGAUAAACAACUAAAGACAUCCAAAAAAAGGAAGAAGCUAAAAAAUAUAGAAAUCAAUGGAAGCAAUGCAAAUUUCGGCUACUGCUUCCCGCCACUUCUCGGCGACUUUGGGUCCCUUUUCGACCAAACGCAGCCCCACAAAACCUACUAAACUUGCCACUUCAUGGGCCUCCUCCGCUUCCACCAAUUUGGCUUCCCUUUCUUCCAGGAACUUGUUCACUAGAGAGAUAUGGGGGUGGGUAAAUUCCAAGACGGCCACUUCUAGGAGGGAAAUGCGAGGUGUUGUAAGAGCUGAAAUGUUUGGCCAACUCACCAGUGGUCUCGAAGCUGCUUGGACCAAGCUUAAAGGAGAAGAGGUUUUGACAAAGGAGAACAUUGUGGAGCCAAUGCGUGAUAUUAGGAGAGCGCUUCUGGAAGCAGAUGUGAGUCUUCCUGUUGUUAGAAGGUUUGUCCAAGCUGUAAGUGACCAGGCAGUUGGAGUUGGCCUUAUUCGAGGAGUAAAGCCGGAUCAACAAUUAGUUAAGAUUGUAAACGAUGAGCUUGUGAAACUGAUGGGAGGAGAGGUUUCUGAACUGGUCUUUUCAAAAUCUGGCCCCACUGUUAUAUUAUUGGCUGGUCUACAAGGGGUUGGAAAAACAACUGUUUGUGCCAAGUUAGCUAAUUAUCUUAAAAAGCAGGGUAAGAGCAGCAUGCUUAUUGCAGGAGAUGUAUACAGACCUGCUGCUAUUGACCAACUUGUUAUUUUGGGUGAACAGGUAGGUGUUCCUGUUUAUACAGCAGGGACUGAGGUUAAACCAUCCGAAAUAGCAAAGCAAGGCUUAGAAGAGGCCAAAAAGAAGAAGAUAGAUGUAGUGAUAAUGGAUACUGCAGGAAGGCUGCAGAUAGAUAAAGGAAUGAUGGAUGAGUUGAAAGAAGUGAAGAAAGUAUUGAAUCCCACAGAAGUUUUGCUUGUUGUGGAUGCAAUGACUGGCCAAGAAGCUGCUGCGUUGGUCACAACAUUCAAUGUUGAGAUAGGCAUUACUGGUGCCAUUUUGACAAAGCUAGAUGGGGAUUCUAGAGGUGGUGCAGCCUUGAGUGUUAAAGAGGUGUCUGGGAAGCCAAUCAAGCUUGUAGGACGUGGAGAGCGCAUGGAGGACCUAGAGCCUUUCUAUCCAGACCGCAUGGCUGGACGUAUUUUGGGAAUGGGUGACGUUCUCUCAUUUGUUGAGAAAGCACAAGAAGUCAUGCGCCAAGAAGAUGCUGAAGAGUUGCAAAAGAAGAUAAUGAGUGCGAAGUUUGAUUUCAAUGAUUUCCUAAAGCAGACCCGUGCUGUUGCGCGGAUGGGUUCCAUGACCCGUGUUAUUGGAAUGAUCCCUGGAAUGGGGAAGGUUACGCCAGCCCAAGUUCGAGAGGCAGAGAAGAAUUUAAAGUUAAUGGAGGCAAUGAUUGAAGCCAUGACCCCAGAGGAAAGGGAGAAGCCGGAGUUAUUGGCUGAGUCUCCUGACAGGAGGAGAAGAAUUGCUAAAGAUUCUGGUAAAACAGAACAGCAGGUGAGUCAACUUGUUGCUCAACUCUUCCAAAUGCGAGUUCGCAUGAAGAAUUUGAUGGGUAUCAUGGAGGGUGGAUCUAUUCCUACAUUGAGCAAUCUCGAGGAUGCAAUGAAAGCAGAACAAGCGGCUCCUCCUGGUACAGCUAGAAGAAAGAGAAGAUCAGAGUCGAGAAGGCAGUUUGCAGACUCGGCAUCAACGAGGCCAAGCCCUCGUGGUUUUGGUGCAAAGAACUAGGAGGAACUCGAGUUUGAGGACCAUAGGACUGUCCACUUAUCUGCUUGCAGUGAAAGCAGAGUUACUGGGUUUUGUUAGGAGCUCCUGAAGCUCGUAUCGUUCUCAGCAUACAACAUCAUGGAGAUGAUCAUCCUGCAACAUUGAAUGUAACAAAAGAUAAUGCACUUUUAAAUGCGAUUCAUAUCAAACAAAAGGCAUUUUUCAUGGGAAAUUAAAUUAUGUUACCAUGGCAUCUUUCCUGAUUGAGAUGAAA